AUGGCUACACCAAGAUGGUGGUCAGCGAGUCUCCCUGACGACAUCAUCGAAUACAUCCUUGCUUGCCUGCCACCGAAACCCUUAAUCCGAUUCAGAUGCGUUCGCCAAUCUUGGAAUUCCAAAAUUUCUGAUCCCGAAUUCAUUAACAAACACCUCAGUAUGAACAAAGCCAAGUCAUUAUCAUUAGAUGAUGAUGAUAACAACAACAACAACAACAAUGGUUAUCUCCUAUGUAGGUCACCAAGGCCAGUGCACGAUCCAAGAUUGAUUAUGGUGAGAGAGUUGUGUACGUUCGUUUGCAAUACGAACAGCAACAGUUCUUUGACAGAGAUAUCUAGGUUGAGAAUUAAUCCAAUUUAUCAUGACAGUUCUUUUGGCUUCUGCAAUGGCAUUUGCUACGGGACUAUUACUGUUAGUCAUCCAGCUCCUUGGAACUUUUGCGGCACCAGUUAUCAUUGGCAUUUUUCGAAAGCACGUUCUCUUGCUUAUCAUACGGUUAGAAAUGCUGGAAUAUAUUUGUGGAACCCAAGCGUUAGAAAGCAUAAGAGACUUCCAGCUGUUCUCGAUGAUGACCGUUUUAAUUAUCGCUCUUAUGGACUUGCGUUUCCCACUUCUCAAAACAAUGACUUGAAGCUUUUGGUAUUUGGGUGUUCCGUUAACAGAGAACAACUUCGGGCCCAGGUUUACACGCUGAGUACCAAUUCGUGGAGCUGGGUUGAACAGCCGGUGGAGCCACUUGAUGGGUCUGUAGGAUCUAGACCCUGGAUUGAUUCAUCAUCUUGUUUAUUUUUUAAUGGAGCUUUGCACUUUAUAGCUACCGCUUCUCAGGGCUACGGAUUCAUUUUGUGCUUCGAUGUUGAUCAUGAGCAAUUCCAGGAGAUAAAACUGCCGCAUAAUUUCUCAUUAUCUCCAGAACUUGCGGUGUUCAAGGGAUCGCUGGCUUUGAUUGCUUUCGACCAAGAUGGAGUGUGCCACAUUUGGGUGAUGGGGCAGAAUGGUCUUGCUAAUUCUUGGACUCCAACAAUUUCUGUACCGUUGCCAGGUGUUAAGAACUUCUUAGGCUGCACGAGAAGUGGUGAACUUGUGAUUAUGAAGUCAGAUAAUCAAGUCUUUUCAUUUGACCCUGUGAGUCAAAAUGAGAAUGGUUAUGGAAUUCUAAAUUUUACAGAGGUGGUUUACACUGCUAAUCUCUUGGAGAGCUUACUUUUGCUCAAUGAGUAA